AUGCUUCCGGUGACGCUCCGCUGGCUCUCCGAGGGCCACUGCCGUGGAGGCCAGACAGGCAGUACACCACUAAUCCGAAACACAGCCGCACAGCAAUUGGCUGAUGUACAGAAAGCUCAUCCCGAAGAGCUAUUCAAUCUACUCACCCGAGUCGUCCCAUAUCUUCGACAUAAGACAUGGGAGACACGGACGGCCGCAGCCAAGGCGUUAGGGGGCAUCUGUGACAAUGCAGAGAAAUAUGACCCGAACGCGGGAGAUGGCUCGGCUAAGUCAGAGACGAAGAAAGAAGAACAGCAAAAUGGCUUCGCUAUCAAAAAAGAAGAGCCGGUCGAAGAAGUACCGCUGGCCGAGGGGCAAUUGAGUCUUGACACUCUAGACCUACCGAAGAUUCUCAAGUAUGGAAAGGAACUGCUGCGAGGGGGCGGCAAAGAAGUGGACUAUGUUCUGGCCCAAAUGGACCCAGCUCAGCGGCUGGCGCAUCAGAAGAAGACGCUAAUGGGAAGAUUGGGUUUAUUAGGAGAAUAUUUGGAAGAGGACAUGGAUCUGGACUAUAUGGUCAAGCCAAACGGCGCGCCAACGCCGCAAACUUCCAAUGGACACAGCAAUAGCGAUAGUAAGCCCUCGAAACCAGGAGCGACUCCAGACGAGACUGGUCUGAGUGCGAGACAGCUCAACCAACUGAAGCGCAAGAGGAAGCGGGAGGCACAGAACGCUGGAAGCAAAAAUCGACUCGUGGAUUUGUCUAUUCGUCGAUCCAGUACCAUUGGUAGCAGCGAUGCAGAUACGGCCAUGUCGGAUAUCGCGGACGACCCCAACGGUGUCUCGGAUUAUUUCUCAAUGGAGCGGACAGAGGAGGUGGACGAAGAUUCCAAGGUCGUCUCGGAAUUCAAGGGACCUGUCUUGCCCAUUAAAUCGGAAUUACAGGCGGACGCUGAAGUGGAAGGCGGAGAGUGGCCCUUUGAUCGACUCUGCGAGCUGCUCAUGGUAGAUCUUUUCGACCCCCAGUGGGAGACGCGGCACGGUGCUGCGAUGGGUCUGCGAGAGAUUAUUCGUGUUCAUGGUGGUGGAGCAGGUCGUGUAGCAGGAAAACCCCGAUCACAGAAUGAUGCUGCCAACCAGCGCUGGCUCGACGAUCUGGCUUGUCGACUUUGUUGCGUUUUUAUGCUGGACAGAUUCGGUGACUAUGUCUCGGACACGGUGGUAGCGCCUAUCAGAGAGACGGUUGGUCAGACCCUGGGAGCUCUCCUCAGUCAUCUUCCUGCUAGUAGCGUCUACUCUGUCCACAGAGUCUUAUAUCGAAUGGUCAUGCAAACCGACCUUCAGCUUGACAAACCCGGAUGGGCGGUCUGCCAUGGAGGCAUGAUCGGCCUGAGAUAUCUGGUUGCGGUACGAAAUGAUCUGUUACUCAAAGACAGUGACUUGAUCGAUGGCGUAAUUCAAGCUGUCAUGAAAGGUCUCGGUGAUUUCGACGAUGAUGUUCGCUCAGUCAGUGCUGCGACGUUGAUCCCUAUCGCCAAAGAGUUUGUCAAUUUACGCCCAGAAGCUCUGGAUGGCCUUAUCAACAUCGUUUGGGAAUGCCUCUCAAAUCUUGGUGACGACCUCAGUGCCAGCACCGGUCAGAUCAUGGAUCUUUUAGCAAAACUUUGCAGCUUUCCUGAGGUCCUGGAAGCUAUGAAGAAGAAUGCUGCCCGAGACUCGGAACAGUCCUUUGCCCUCCUCGUCCCCCGAUUAUACCCCUUUUUACGACACACCAUUACUUCAGUCCGGUCCGCCGUCUUGCGUGCACUCUUGACCUUUGUCAAUAUUGAAGGUGAUCACACACGAGACUGGCUGAACGGCAAAAUUUUACGAUUAAUAUUCCAAAACGUCCUUGUCGAGCGAAAUCUAGACACAUUAAAUCUCUCAUUGCAGGUUUGGAAGGCCUUGGUAUCAUAUCUCGCCAAAGACCCAGAAGACCUCGCCGAGCAAUUUUCAGCACAUAUAGACCCUCUCAUGCAGUUAACACUUCACCCAAUUGGUGUCUCUCGCCAUCCUCUGCCUAUGAAUGCCACGCUUUUCCAAAAGCCAUCUGGCAGCACAUAUACUAUGCCAAGCGGCGUCGUUCCGGUCACGACCCGACCCGUAUCGCCUCCAAGUCCCGCUGCACCACCACCCAAAAAGCAGAGGCGGAAAUCCACCAAGAUCGUGGAACCCGCUCCAACCACUUCUUCACAUGAUGUGGAUGGACACAUGAUGCAAGGUGAUGUUGAUUUGGUCGGAAUGGAGAUUCUCAUCAGAUCUCGUAUCUCCGCUGCAAGAGCCAUGGGACUUAUCAUGUCUCUUGUUCCUGUACAUGUCCUUGAGGCAUAUGAUGGCAGCAUUAUUCCGGCAAUGACUUCUGCCUUUUCCUCCACUCAGCUCACAGCAUCUAUGAUUAUCGACGAAUAUGCCAAGAACUGUGUUUCAAAGGAUCAGUCAAGAAGAUUCAUCGAGCCAUUACUCAAGAUUAUCGAGUCAGACCGACCAGCGCAUUACCGAGAUCUAGUGAGCUACACACAGCUGGUUCGCGCGCAGUGUGUCCAGUUAUUGAACACCUUCAGAGAUCAAGGCAAGGUGUCUCAGCAUCGCUUACCGACACUCGCCGUCGUUGUCCAAGGAGAGCCAGAAGCCGGACCUGAUGCCUUUUCAAUACAAACGGCCGAUAAGGUUGUUGGUGAUGACUUUGACCGCCUGAAGAAGGCGAUGGCAGCUGGCCAACGGUUGAUCGCCACACAAGCUUUGACUGAAGCCAGGGAAGGUGUCGUAGAAGUCAUCGAAAGUGCCAAGCUGUUCAAAGAGCAGCGAGAUGUCCGGAUCAAAGCCGCUGCGGCGAGCGCUUUGGUGGCGAUGAAGUUUGCACCCAAGAAGCCCACACACAUCAUCAAAGGUAUGAUGGAUAGUGCGAAGAAGGAAGACAACGUCGAGCUGCAACAGCGGUCUGCGGGAUCCAUCGCACGACUUGUUGAGCUGUUCGCGGAGACGGGUCGCUCUGGCCCCGCACAAAAGGUUGUAGGUAAUUUGGCCAAAUUCAGUUGUCAAGAAACCUCGGAAACCCCCGAAUUUUCCCCAAAUGCUGCGUUCAAGGACAACAUCCAAACACUACGGAAGGAAGAGGAUCGAAGAGAUCAUCCAGACGCGGUUAAAUUUGCAAGGGAACAGAAGGCAGCUCGUAUUACACGCAGGGGUACAAAGGAAGCUCUGGAUCAGCUGUCGGGUAUCUUUGGCGCCGAAUUGUUCCAAAAGGUGCCAACUUUGAGAUCGAUCAUCGAAGAGCCUUUACAUCACUCUUUCGCUGAAGAACUCCCUGCGGACGCCCAGGAUCCAAAUCAAGAAGUUGGCCAAUCUGCUAUUGAUGCCAUGUCGAUUCUCAGAGCCCUCACGCCUACGAUGCACAAAGAUCUUCAUCCCUUCAUCAUGCAGCUUCUGCCAUUGGUUGUCAAGGCUCUUCACGCCGAGUUGUCGGUUUUCCGAUACAUGGCGGCGAAAUGUCUUGCUACAGUAUGCUCUGUUAUCACGGUUGAAGGAAUGACCAUGUUGGUUGAGAAAGUUUUACCCUCGAUCAGCAACCCAGUGGACCUGAACUUCCGACAGGGUGCGAUUGAAGCUGUAUAUCACUUGAUCAGCGUGAUGGGUGAUGGGAUAUUACCAUAUGUCAUUUUCCUCAUUGUUCCAGUUCUUGGUCGUAUGAGCGAUUCUGAUAAUGAUGUACGGCUCAUUGCAACGACAACCUUUGCAACCCUUGUCAAGCUCGUACCACUCGAAGCUGGUAUCCCAGAUCCACCCGGGCUUUCUCAGGAGUUACUUAAAGGUCGUGAUCGUGAGCGAACGUUCAUUGCUCAGUUGCUGGAUCCGCACAAAGUCGAACCGUUCCAUAUUCCUGUUGCCAUCAAGGCCGAGCUUCGAUCAUAUCAGCAAGAAGGUGUCAAUUGGCUCAACUUCCUCAACAAAUAUCAUCUCCACGGCAUUCUUUGUGACGAUAUGGGUCUCGGAAAGACUUUGCAGACGCUGUGCAUUGUUGCCAGUGAUCACCAUCUGCGAGCAGAAGAAUUCGCCAAAACACAGUCACCUGACGCUAGGAGAUUACCGUCGCUUAUUGUCUGCCCUCCGACAUUGUCUGGCCAUUGGCAGCAAGAGAUCAAUCAUUACGCACCCUUCCUCACUUGUACAGCAUACGUUGGGCCGCCCGUCGAUCGGGCACGGUUAAGAGACAAGCUUGGGUCGACGGAUAUUGUCAUUACUUCGUAUGAUAUCUGCCGAAACGAUGCGGAAGUCUUGACACCUUUCAAUUGGAAUUACCUAGUCCUCGACGAGGGUCAUCUCAUCAAAAAUCCAAGAGCCAAGGUCACAAUUGCGGUGAAACGGCUUCUCAGCAACCAUCGCCUCAUCCUUUCCGGAACUCCCAUCCAAAAUAAUGUGUUGGAAUUAUGGUCACUGUUCGAUUUCCUCAUGCCUGGAUUCCUGGGAGCGGAGAAAGUGUUCCUAGACAGAUUCGCCAAACCCAUCGCUGCAAGUCGAUUCUCCAAGUCAUCUUCCAAAGAACAAGAAGCUGGUGCCCUUGCCAUUGAAGCUCUUCAUAAACAAGUCCUACCCUUCUUACUUCGUCGUCUCAAAGAAGAAGUUCUUGAUGAUCUUCCACCAAAGAUCCUUCAGAACUAUUACUGUGAUCUCAGCGACCUUCAGAAGAAGCUUUUCGAGGACUUCACCAAGAAAGAGGGCAAGACGCUUGCAGAGAAGGCGAGUGCAGGUGACAAGGAAGCAAAACAACAUAUUUUCCAAGCACUUCAAUACAUGCGCAAACUUUGCAACUCACCUGCCUUGGUAAUGAAAGAAGGUCACAAGCAAUACGUCGAGACACAACGACUCUUGGCAAAGCAAGGCACCUCUCUCAGCGAUCCUAUUCAUGCCCCCAAACUGACCGCACUCCGCGAUCUCCUGGUGGACUGCGGAAUAGGAAUCGAGCCAGCUUCCGAAAACGAUCUCACAACUGAAGCCAACUUUGUCUCUCCUCACCGCGCCCUCAUAUUCUGCCAAAUGAAGGAAAUGCUUGACAUGGUCCAGAAUGAUGUCUUGAAAAAGAUGUUGCCAUCCGUGCAGUACUUACGUAUGGAUGGUUCUGUGGACGCAUCUAAACGUCAGGAUAUCGUCAACAAAUUUAACUCUGAUCCAUCUUACGACUGUCUGCUACUGACUACGAGUGUUGGUGGUCUUGGUCUCAAUUUGACUGGAGCGGAUACUGUCAUCUUCGUGGAACAUGAUUGGAACCCACAGAAGGAUUUACAAGCUAUGGAUCGGGCACAUCGUAUUGGUCAAAAGAAGGUCGUCAACGUCUACCGUCUCAUCACCCGCGGCACUCUCGAAGAGAAAAUCAUGUCUCUUCAACGUUUCAAAAUCGAUGUCGCAUCCACCGUCGUCAAUCAACAAAAUGCGGGUCUUGGAACAAUGGAAACAGAUCAGAUCCUCGACCUGUUUAACCUCGGCGACACGGCCGAUCUUCCUAGUCUCGAAGGUAACAAGAAUGAAGAGCGGGAAGAGGAUAUGGUUGAUGCGACCGGUGAGGUUAGGGAGAAGGGGAAGAAAGGCUGGCUGGAUGAUCUCGGCGAGCUGUGGGAUGAUAAGCAGUAUGAGGAGAGUUUUGACUUGGAUGGGUUUUUGAAGAGUAUGCAGCAGUAA